ACAUACUCUGAAAAAGCACCAAUUUUCCCGCCAAUAAACAAAAGCUGCUUCUUAGUUCUUACAACUAUACCACUCUUCUCCUCUAUGUUCUGCUCACACAUCCCCACAUAGAGAGUUAAAGAUGAAUAGCUCCUCAAAGGUGAUAAUGGCAGCUACAAUGGUAAUGGUAGUGAGCUUAGUCAUGGUUUUAAGCUUAGUCUUAGUCCUACUAGCUGAACUCUACUGCUCUCUCUUACUCCGCCGUCGCCGCCACAACUCCCUCAACCUCCCCAUCACCACCGUCCCUACCGCCGCAACAACCCUAAACCAAGUCAUCUCCACCACAACCAACGACAACACUUCACCAUGUAACAUAAAUUCUUCUUCACCUAAUCCUCUCUACACAGGUGUUCUUCAAACUCCAACCAAAACCCAUUUUCACCAUGAACCAUCUUUACAAGCUUCUCUUGAUCUGAUUCAAGAAACCAUUGUUAACGAUUCUGGUGAUAAUAACUUCAUCUACAUAUCUAACCCAAUGUACUCAAACGAAGCUACAAGUAAACCAACCACACCCUUUGAAACUCCUGAGUCUUCACCGUCACGGCUUGAAACCGGUGAGUCAUCAUCGUCUUCUUCCGGCGAAGAAGAUAACGAUCAUAUAAUCGAAGUUUCAACGCCAACAUUAACUCCAAUGAAGGAUCUUCCUGAAAAAGCAUGCUCCGUUUCACUAAAAAAUGUGGAAACUUCUGCUAGUGAAUCAAAUUCGUCGUCUGGUUCGCCGUAUACUUCACCGUCGUGGUAGGGUUUUCUUGUAAUAUUUUAAGGUUUUGUUUAAUUUUUUGUCUUUUAACAUUUAAUAUUUGUUUGGAGUGGUCUUGGAAUGUGUUUGGUUUGUGGACAUAUGGCUCGAUGACCAAAGCCACGCUUGUUUUCACAGAGUUUCCUACAUCUGUCGUUUUCUGUGUUCUGAUUCUGUCCUUUCUGGUAUAAAAGCUGUUUUUCACC